UUCAAACUAUAGUGAUAUAUAGAAUCCAAAUUUGCAUCUGUAAUAAACAGGUCGAGUGAGAAGAUUCUGAACGUGAAUCAGUUCCCAUAAUUAUUUAUCCACUGUUUUGACACAGCCCUAAUACCCAUUUAAAAUAAGGCAGAUUUCAGGUGGGUAACAUUUUUAGGUAGUUAAACUAUGCUUUCUCACUAAUAUGCACCAUCCUAAAGACUUCAUGCGGGUAAAGGAAAGAAAAGAACUCCAAAUCUUCCUACUUUCCUAGGAGAAGCAAGGAAUCAGGAAAGGGGGAUUUCAAAUGUUUCUUAGUUUAAGAAGAACAGUAAGAGACUUGGGGGAGGGAGUGAAGAUUAUCUUACCAAAAAUAUAAUUGAGGAAUUCAUGGGGAAGCCAGUGGGAGAAAAGGGCAUUUUUCGUGUGUGUGUGUGUGUGUGUGUGUGUGUGUGUGUGUGUAUUUACAGCCCAUCCAGACAGUUUAUUGUAACUCCCACUGCCCCUCCUUCCAGAUGGUCUGGUCCUCACUCUCCGCCCUUGGCCCGCCCUCCCCAGGCUUCAGCCCCGGGCCAGUAGAUCCGGUUGUCGGGGUAGUCUCUGCAGUCUCGCUUUCACCUGCUCCGAAGGCCCUCGGAAUAUGGGGGCAUUAACUUAGUGCCCCGGGACUCUAAGAGCCUCAGUGGAUAUCUGCGCCUCUGAAAGUCUCUAGCUCUGUAAGCGGUUGUCCGAAACUCACCGCGGGCAUUGUAGUCUCUUGGUGUGUAGGUGGGAGGAAGCGGGACCAAGGCCCGUUCUCGCUGGCCCCGCAUUCCGGCAGAGUUAGCUGUGGAUACGCACUCUUCUGUUGCGACCCCUCGCCAGACUUUUCUUAGAAAUGGAGCAGUCACAGUGUGGCAGCAGAGACCUCAGCAGCAGCGGCCGACCCAGCCUGGCCCCGGGGCUGGUGGCAGCGGCACCUCAUCCACAGUCUCCGAUGUUACCAGUUCCCCCGGGGAUACCCCUUCCUCCAACUUUCUUGCGGCCACCCAGCCUCUUUCUGCGGGCAGCAACAGCCGCCACCUCGGGAAGUGGAGGCUGCCCACAAGCUGCUGGACUGGAAAGGGGGGUGGGCGCCGUGGCCUGCAGCUACCCACGCACACCCAAGUGUGCGCGUUGUCGCAACCACGGUGUCGUGUCGGCCCUCAAGGGGCACAAGCGUUUCUGCCGCUGGCGGGACUGCGCGUGUGCUAAGUGCACCCUGAUCGCUGAGCGCCAGCGAGUCAUGGCUGCACAGGUGGCGCUGCGCAGGCAGCAGGCCCAGGAGGAGAGUGAGGCCCAGGGACUCCAAAGGCUUCUGUACUCUGGACCCUCGGGGCCCGGGGGUCAGACAUCUGGAGGCAGCAGGAGAACGGAGAAUCUCCAAACUGCGAGCAGCUCUGCGGUGGUGACUGCCCUGGGACUGAGUGCCUUGAGACAGGCUAGUGGUCUGGCGACCCCUGCUUGCAAGAUUUUUCAGCAGGAUUAUACAGAAGGAAAACAAGGACAAAAAGAGAAUAAAUGUGACUCAUGCCAGAGUAAGCAAGAAGAACCAGUGUGCAAAUCCCAUCACUCUACCUUGGGAUCAUCUCCUAAAUCUAAUGAUGUCAUUGGAAAACAAAACAUCAGGUCAUCUGUUUCAGAAAACUUGAACAAGGAUGAUAGCAUUCAGUCUCCUCAUCCUGGGGAGCAGUCAGGAGGUGAAGAGAGUCCCAGAUCCCCGUCAUCCUCUGAUUUGGAAUCAGGAAAUGAAAGUGAAUGGGCCAAAGACUUCACUGCUGCCAGAGCCAGCCUUCCCCCUAUGUCCUCUAGACCAAGAGACCCUCUUGAUAUCCUUAUCAAGAUUUUCCCAAGUUACAGAUGCAGCCGGCUGGAAAGCAUUCUACAGUUCUGCAAAGGGGAUGUGGUCCAAGCUAUUGAACAAGUUCUAAAUGGGAAGGAACACCAAACAGACACCAGAGACCUAGCAAACUCAGGAGAAUUGGAAAAUACAGCUUUUCCAAGAGCUUCAAAUUUUAGUUUAGCUGGAAUUGGUUUUGGAACUCUAGGAAAUAAAUCAGCUUUCUCUCCCCUUCACACUACUUCUGCUUCUUAUGGGGGUGAUUCAAGUCUCUAUAGCUUAAAUCCCAGACUAGGUAUCAGUCCUUUACGGUUGGCAUAUUCCUCUCCAGGAAGAGGGCUGUCUAGUUUCAUGUCACCAUACCUAACUCCUGGGUUGGUACCAACAUUACCUUUUCGGCCAGCUUUAGAUUAUGCUUUUCCAGGUAUGAUUAGGGAUUCUUCUUACCUUCCCAGCAAAGAUUCAGUAACUAGUGACAGACUGUAUUCCAGGCUGAAUCAGGACAAUCUGUAAUGCAUCUGCCUAUCUACCUUUCUGGAGUAUUUCUAGGAGUAUGUACUACAAACCUCAUACCCGUACACACCCACAUCUAUUAAUGUGUUCACUGUGUAUGGGAGUGGAUUACCAGGCCUUAAAAUUGCUAUUUUUUUUUUCACAAGCAUAUAAUGGACUUGAGAUCUAAAGACUUUUUUUAGCAUUUAACUGAAGAAAACAUUUAAACAUUAUAUGUGCCUUGAAUAACACCAUUUCAGGAAAUAUUUUUAUUUCAAUGAAUUUUGUCCCUAAAA